AUGGAUUCCAUGACACAGAAAGUGUUAUCUUCCGGGUUCAGCCUUGACUUCGGACCCUUGAAAGAACCUUUAGCCUUCAUUCGACUACUUGAAUGGGUGUUCUCCAUAUUUGCCUUUGCCACAAUUGGAGGCUACAGCGGCACCACCGGCUUCAACGUUCAGUGCAAGGACCUGAAAACCCAGAACAUAUCGGCUACAUUCAACUAUCCAUUCAGGUUGGCACAGCAUCCUUACCAGGUAUCUGAUUGUGGGCCCAAUGGGACUGUUGCACCGUUCUUCCUGACUGGAGAUCAUGCCUCUUCUGCUGAGUUCUUUGUGUGCGUGGGAGUGUUCUGCUUCCUGUACAGCACUGCUACGCUCAUCCUGUAUUUGGGCUACCAGCACGUGUACAGAGAGUCUGGCCGCGCCCCAGUUUUGGACCUGCUGCUGACCGCACUGCUGGCCUUCCUGUGGCUGACCUCUGCCUCUGCCUGGGCCAAAGGUCUGACUGAUGUGAAGACGGCCACCAGCCCCACGGCCAUCAUAUCUUUAUUGGAUGUUUGCAAAAGUGCCAACUGCACUCCUGGGGUUCUGCCACACAUGGGACGCCUCAACGCCUCAGUUAUUUUUGGCUUCCUGAACAUGAUCUUGUGGGGCGGAAACUGCUGGUUCAUUUAUAAGGAGACCUCAUUCCACAAAGAACCAACUCAGCCUGAUGCGGAGGCAGGACCCGGGCCGUCUUAA